GCCACGUGACGUCAUGCGCGCGGACCGCUGCACACAGGCCUGUCAGCCGCGGCUGAUCCUCCAGGAAAAAAGACUGGCAUGUCUGGCCCCAACUGGCUGCCUCCAAGAACCCUGGGUAGUUCAGAUAGAGCCACAGCACCAAUGUCACACUCUGGCCCCGCUCUCUACAGACCUCCUAAGAAAGGUCUCCCCGAACAGAGGCCCAAAUAUAACAUGUAUGAGCAGAAUGGCGGAACAGGAGGAAAUGGGAUGCCUGUAAGAUAUAUGGCGACUGGACCUUCAGGGGGAUCCAUGCAACACCAGCAUCAAGAUGAUCGCUCAGGGUCUACUGUCUAUCAUCCAUUGCCUCCCCAAAUAGGAGAGCGAUACUAUGCUCCAGGCCAGGGGCCCAAAGAAGACCACCACAACUGGAACCCCCACAUGGCCAGCCAUGAACUUCACGCUCGGGGAUCAGAGAAGCACAUCUCCAAUAUUGACGCUGAGAUAGACUCUCUUACAUGCAUGCUGGCUGACCUGGACAAUCACCCUCAGAGCUCAAGCGCACCGUUGUAUGACAAUGUGCCUUACAGCAAGCACGGUCCUAUUGACCGCUAUAACCCUCCCAACCAGAUGGGGGCUCCACCAACAAGCAGGCCCUCAAUGGGCUACCCCGCUCAACUCCAAAACCAGUACCACCCCGCCCCACCAUACACCUCUACGCCUCAGCCGGACUAUAUUUACCCCUCUGUCGCCUCUUCAGUCCAUAAACCUUACCCACAACCAGUGCCUGCCUCCUACACCACUGCCUCCACCCCGACCGGUCCACGCUUUACUGUACAGGUGAAAACGGCUCAGCCCGUCACCUAUUCUCAGAGCGGACGACAGGCAGAGCAAGCGUACACCCCGCCUCCGCCCCGUCAGCAUGCCUCUCGCCCCCCUCAGCAAGAUCGGCCACAUUAUGAAAAUCAGGGACAGGGCUGGUACCCACCGCCACCUCCUCCUGCACAAGAGCCUCAUGGAGAUCCCGCUGCCUAUAAGGGAGGAGCGGGGAAUAUGCCAGGGGGGAGAGCCGGCCAGGGAGUGCCGGUGAAGAUGAGUCAAGACCAAGUGUCAGCAUAUCAGUCUAACAAGGGGUCAUGA